AUACCUGGCAUAAUUAGGGCGGAAAGGUGGAAAAAAAAAGUCACGGAGAUAAAUAACGUUAAAAAAAAUAUUUUUAAAAAGAUGUCAACUUGUUUGAUUCUUGAAAGUGGAGAUUAAAUGUGAAGAACAACAUGUCUCGCCGAUUUAAGUCAUAUCUGAAUAAUUUUGAAAUGAAAGAAAAAGGAAAGGCUGUAAGUAUUAAUCAUAGUACUAGUACAGUGUACAGUACAUUUACAAUUUACAUAUUACAUUACAUGUAUUAAUUUGUAUCAUUCAUAAUGUAAAUGUAUGAAUUAUGAAUGUAUGCAGACUGACUGACUGUUGUCGCUUGUGCUCAGGAGUCGUGAGGAGUUCGUAGCCUAGACAUAAAUAUAAGGCUAGGUUCAUUAAUGAAUUUAAUGAGUGGCUUUCAUUAAUUGUUAUUAUUUAGCCUAUGUCUAUGAGUCUAUGUUCAGGCCUAUUCAUGAUCAUGACAAUUACUUGAAAUAGCCAUAUAUAAUAUAUAAUAUAAUAUAAAUUUUACUUAUACUAUACAGUACUAUACAUUACAUACUCUACAUUAUACAGACUACAGGUACACAAUAAUACAGUUGAACCCGGUUAAGUCGCGGGCCUAAGGGUUUGCCAAAAAGUGUUGAAAUAACCGAUAAUUAAGAUAAAUGAAAACCAAUAUGGCAGCAAUUUAUUAACAAUGUGCUUGAAAUUUCUUUAUGUACAUGAUGUGCAUUAAUAAAUGAGAAUGUAAUGUAAAUGCACAUUUUUUACACAACAGUUUUGCAAUGAUUUGUUUGAUGAAGCGAUUGGCAUGCUAUAAAAAUCUACAUACAUGUUUGCUACAAAAGGCAUAUGUGCACCAACUAACAGCAAAUAUUUACCAGCAAACAAUAAAAACCACCGUCAAUUCUUAAUACAAACCUUUAUUAUAUAUGCCUACAUUGUAGGUACUCCAACUCAAAAUUUCAGAUACAUCUGACAUACACAAGGAGCAUAUCAUUGGAAAGAGCUGACUUUAAGCUUUCCAUUGACACCAAGAUAAUCUUUCUAUCACUUAUAGAAGAAAAGUUAUGAAUUUUUUAGUGAUUUAUUUUUUCCCACUAUUUGGCUUUGUAUUUAAUUUUUAAAACUGUGAUCGAAUUAUUACUCUUUUUGUACUAUUUUGGUUGUAUCUUGUUGGCUUUUAAAGUUAGACUGCUCAAAUUUGGAGGACACAUUUACAAUACAAUGUUUAACAAAAUUAAACACAUGAAUUUUGAAUUAACUUAUUAUAUUUUUAAAAAAAAAUUUUUUAUAAGCAUAUAGCAUGGAUAACGACAAUUGUCGAAAAAAAAAUUUUCUUUAAAAAAUGACAUAAUUAUUAAACCAAUAAAGCUAUCACUAUGAAAUUUUCAAUACAAACAGAUAAUGUCCAUCUAAAAGUAAGGCAUAUUUAACAUAAAUAAAAUACAGAUCAGAAAAAUUUAUGCAGUAGUAGAAAUAAUAUUUUAUGAAAAGCAACUGCGGCCGAGAAAUUUUUUACAUUUAAAUAUACAACUUUUAAACUAAUAAAGCUAAUGCAAUCAAAUUUUCAGUAAAAAUAGAUAGUGUCCAACCAAAUAUAAUAGAGUAUUAAAAUAUAUCAAAAGCAAUUAAAAUCAUGCUAUACAAAAUUUUAAAAUGUCAUGUAAUCUGUCGACAUUGUUUCGGCUCCGGAGGUCUAGCAACACUUCAUCCUCAUCGAUUGGUACAUUAAAAAAAUAUGCCUCCAUUGUCAAUAUCAAAUUGGGUUGUUUGUUGAUCUCCUCCAAGUAAAUACAUAGCAAAAUUACAGGGAGUGAUUACAAUCUGUAACUCUGGAAAAUAAAAAAUAAAGAUUAGGACUAUUAAUUUAUGAAUACCGGUACAUGUAAAUAAUGAUUCAAUAUUUUUAAAUAGGCUUCACAAUGUUCUUUAUUAUAUGUACACUUAUAGCUGAUAAUAACUAGGACUAGGGGCUAUCUUACUAUCUAAUUCAUUGCUAUUUGUAUGUCAAAGCACUUUUUUCACUUUGACUUUGUUGUUUUAUCUCAGUAUAUGUAUUAGUUUUAUUGAUCCAAAGCCUGCUCUUAUAUAAUAACUAUAUAGGCCUAAAGUGUAAUUAUUAUUAAAAACCAGUUAUUAAAAAGUUUAUUUAAAAUCAAACUACUAAGUUAUAAUACAGGAAAUAUUUAUUUAGUUGUUUGAAAAAGGUUUUAAAUAAUAAUAACCACUGUUUACAUUAGAGAUUUACCACUUCCGGUAGAUCGAGGGGGAAAAAAUGGCCACGACUUGGCAACCUUGAAUUUUUAGUCACACGGUUCAAGCUCUCAUAAAUUUUGGGGACGAUCUAUACUCUUUAAAAUAAGUGUUUCUGCUUUUAAAAUAUAUAAUCUAUGCGAACAAGUAAUUUCCAAGUCCGAACGCAAUUUAAAAAAAAAAAUAUAGCACAGCAAACUCACUUACCCCAAGUCAACUUUCCAAUUAAUCGUCUCAGCAAGGUCAGAUUUCCACUUAAUUCAUACCCUCGUAACCGGCAUGCAUCGCAGAUUUGAAUAAAACCAAGGAGAGUCCUCUAUUUUUAGAGAUGACGCAAAACAACACUAAUCACCAAGAUCUACCGAAAACGAAAAGCGCCUGCUGAUCACAGCGAUCGCCGCUCGGCAGGCCUCGUUUUUCUAUCGCGGGCGGCGAAAGUAUUGGAGUGCCUAUACAUUGCAAACACAAAGAUCGUUCACAAAAAACACUGGGGUAUAGUUCGUUUUUACAAAAAGCUAACCAGUGUGAAAAUUAAUUUUGCGGGUAAUUGCACUCUGAGACAGCUCUGAAAAGUAUUGUACACGCUGCUACUAUGGUUUCUUUACAAAGUCUAAAAUACUUUGUUGCUUUUUGUCUUUAAAAGUCUGCUUGAAUACAAAUGUUUCAAUAUUAUUUAUGCUGUCUAAAACAUUUUCAUCUCCUACAGAAGAACCAUACCGUUGAAUUUUCUGUAUCAUUUCUACCACCUAACAGCUGAGGGAAUUGGUUCCAAAUCUUCAUCCGCAUAUUUGUCCAUGUAAUCUCGGAAUUCCUGGACAGUGAUGGCUAACUCCUGUGCCUCCUCUUCCAAGAUAGCAUCUGUAAGGCUUGAUUUUUCCGCCACUUUGCGAGUUCUUCUGCGGCUGCAUGGCACUGUGCCUGAAACUCAUCUUCGGAAAUAUCCUGAAUGAUGCAGUGCAUCCAGCAGUUUGAGAUUUUUUCCUUCUUCACGUCAUUCCAGGUUGAUCUCAGGAAGUUCAUUGCAUCUAGAAGGGAACAGGUGUACUGUGCCUUCUUUUCAUUAUGGAGCAGGUAUUGGCCCAUCAACAUUUUCCUUUAGUACACCUUAAGCACUUGGAUUAUACCCUGGUCCAUUGGUUGGAGCUUACUCAUUGUGGGAGGUAAAAGAUCUUGAUGGCCUUGAGACCAGGAACAUCUGGAUGAGCUCUACAGUUGUCAAUGUCAUUGCCACCUUCCUUUUCUCUGCUUGGAACUUACUGUCCCACUUUUUUUACCCAUGCACUGAAUAGAUCUCCUGUGAUUCAGGCACUUAGCUGGCCAUCGUAAUCACAUGGGAGAACUUUGGUCUGCUUAAAGCAUUUGGGAUUCUUGGACUUUCCUAUAACAUAAAGCGUGAGUUUUUGGCUUCCAUCCAUGUUCGCAGCAACUAGCCAACUAGCACUGCAAGUCGAUCCUUCGAGUUUUCCCCACGAAACACCAUAGUCUUGUCUGGAAGGCAUUUCCAAAACACCCCGUUUCAUCAGCAUUAGAAAUCUUCCUAGUCUCUUAGGUAUCCAAAAUUUUGCACAUUUGAGUCUUCAGCCAUGAAUCCACUUGUUCCUGUUGAACUGCAACGCUCUUUCCAAAAAUUGAUUUGAAGAAAAUGUUGUGCCUCUUUUUGAAAAGAACCAGCCACCCCUGAAUUGCUUUAAAGUCAGGGUGUCCUAGCUUUGCAGCAAGAAUGUCUGCCUUCUCCAUCAGCAAGGGACCAUUGAAGGGAAGGUUCGUUGCUCGCAUAUUUGUGAACCAUUGAAACAUUGCAUCGUCAACAUCUUUGUUCUCAGCCAGUUUUUUCUUGCUGGAUCAAUUUCAGACUUCUCGUGCAUUAGCUUUAUCAUGUCGGCCUUCUUUUUCAAUCCUGAAAUAAUGUUUGCUGGAUUGCCAUGCGGAUGACUAAGGUCUGUUGGUUUUGUUCCUUUUUCUAGCUGCAGUAUAAUUUCAUACUUUUUCUCUAUUGACUGAUUGUCAAGUUUUCUCUUGACAUCUCCAGACCUUUUUAGAAGGAAAAAAAUAAACAGGAUAGCUACAGCGUUUUAUCCUUCAGACAAGGUCAACAAGAAUGAGUGAACUGUCAUUGGAAUGGACCGGGAUGCAAGUGCUAAGUGAACUCAGCACAUGCGCAGUGAACCAAUUACGACCAAUUUUAUUGGUUAGUCCAAAGCUAGCAUAAAUGUAACCAAUCGCAAGAGGUAAAUUUAAAAAAAUAAAAAGGUCGUGUUCUUGCAAAAUAGGAUUUCCAUUGCCAUGAAAGAAACUUACAGGAGUCAACACCUGGCAAUAAGGGACCGCGUAUAUUACUGUAGCAAAAGUUAUCACCCAGUAUAGGGAUUCUUUCACUCCUGUCUUUUGAGAAGUAAAUUAUUUUUAAUAAUGCAAAACUUGUUUAUUUAUUGUGUGCUAUUUCUUCUUGUGGAGUUCAAAAGCCGGUGUUUGGUCAUGGGGAUCGAGAUAACCCACAUUGAUUGGCAAAUUUGGCCCCCUUUUGUGCUCAAGAUAUUGAGGUUCCGUGACAUAAAGGAAUCGACAUAAUCAAUGAGAAAAUGCAAAAGCAAAGAGAGAAAAACGUUGACUAAAUAGGGUUGGCAACACAACCGCGGUCGAGACUGUAAUGCACAUGAUACUACUUAUAGUAACAGAGGUGCCUCCAAAGGAUAAUAUAUCAUUAAACAGUAAACAGUUUAUGUCUUCAUUAAAAACUUAAUAGACUUAAAUAUUAUAGUGUAGUUUUAUUAUUAUAUAUAUAUAUAUAAUAGUGUGGCAAAUUUUACUUUUCAUUAUCCCCAGUUGUGGCUGUUUUGAUAAUUUUGGAAAAGGUUCCACCGUGGUUACUAUAAUCUAUAUAUAGGAUAGUAUAGCUCAUGUAAAGGAAAACAUGAACAUGUAUUUUCGGAUCCAGGCAUUUCCCAUGGCCCGAAAUGCAUUUUUUCCAUUAUACGCAAUCUCAGGAACACUUCUAUCAAAUAAACAUUUCACAAAUCCUUCAUAAUUACAGACAUCUCACCACUUAUGACACACUACAUCCAAUUAUUACUAGAUAUACCUAAGUCCCUGUAGCAUAAUAAUAUUAUUAGACCCUAUCCCUCAAUUCAUUAUUUAAUGAUCAGUUGUAGUGUUAGGCCACUUCUUAGGAUAGUUGGCUAGGCCUAUAGCUAUAGGUUAAAUUCAACGGUAGUGACUUAUUGAGUUUGAGUGACUGACUGAUUGAUGAUGAAAUAGAAGAAUGUCUAAGCCUACUAGUAAUAAUUACUUAAAUAACUUAGUAAUACCCAAAAUAAAUCUUGUAGAUACUUCGAUACGCAUCCAUGCAUCCUUCUGAGCAGGUCGAAAAAUGGCGAUAAUAUUUGCGGCACAGAUUCUAAAAAGGAUUUCCUAUUAUUUUGGUUAAGUGUGUUUUACGUCAUUGUUGUACAUAAUUUAUUGAUUUCCUCAUCAGUGAUGUUGCAACUUUUCUUUUCGUUUUGAAAUUACUGAAUUUGAAGCAAUUUUUUUUCACAUGCAUAUCUGUAUACCCAUCUGGUUAAGAUUUGAUCACAUAAUAUUGUUGUUCUUAAUUUGGGACAUCCAUUUUUUUUACCUUCCCAAUAAUCACACCCCCGCCUCUGCAAAUCAUAGAAAUAAAUCAUAUUCACUUACCAUUGUGGUAUGGAAGUAAUUAAAUGUGUGUGUGUGUGUGUAUAUAUAAUAUACAUACAUAUAUAUAUAUAUAUAUAUAUAUAUAUAUAAUAUAUAAAAAUAAAUAUGAAAUAAAGUCACCACAUUAUCAAGAUAUUUUAUUAUCCUUAUGUUCCACACAUUUUCCCAAAGAACAUUUACAAGCACAAUUAUCCAUUUGAAAUAAUUCCACAAACUAACAUAAUAUUUGACACAAGCAUUUUUCAAAAAAGCAAAUUCAGUGGCAUAGAAACUAGCCAUAAAUCACAGAUAAUCUUAUUGUGGAACUUUAUUUAAUAACUUUUAAGCUAUUUUUUCCCCCUCAUUUUGAAGUAUUGGGUAGAAACGACUAGGGUUGCAAGAUUAAGAAAUAUAUGACACAACUAGAGAAAUCUUUGUUUUGGUACUAAUUCUCAUUUUAAAAAAUAAAAAAAAAAUUAAAAAAUCACUCCAAUAAGAUAUAGCUUAUUGAUUAAUAUUUUACAAUAUAUCUCUCUAAAACAAAUCCUCAUCAACAUAUAUUAUAUAUGUAUUGAUAUGUCAUAAUAAAUCUCAUCUUCAGAUUUAAUUCCGAACAAAAGGGACCACUUCUGGUUCAAAAUAUUCAAUACUGUUUAGUGUUUUUGUUUGUGUAACACAACUGAUGAUCACAUUUAAAAGUGUCCUGAAUUUCACCAUCAUAGCUGCACCAAUAGUAACACAAGCCACCACAUGUUUUUUUAAAGAAAUAUGAAAUUGAUCUCAGUGAAUAUUUUCAUGCUAUUGUCUUUGAGCCUGGAUAGCUCGCAAAUAUAUUUAUUAAGAGUGUUUGCUUUGUUUUUUGAGCUAACCAAACAUAACCAUCUUAGAGUCAGUUUAAGCUAAUAAACUUCAUACUGCUUAAUCUCAUAAAACACCAUACUGCUAAUGAAUUCAUAGCAACAGUUUGUGGUAGAUAAGGCAUGUUUAUUUCCUGAAAUAAUGUAUAUAAAAAACAUUAUUUAAUGCCAUCCAACAUAUCUACAAACUGAUUUAGAUUAUUUUGGACCCCCCCCCCCCCCCAAAAAAAAAAACAAAAAAAAACAACCCCAACACAUUGUAUCUACAAAAUGGGUCAAAUCAUUUGAUCUAUUCUAAGAUUAUAUCUAUAAUGAGGUGAAUUAUGAGGUUAUGUAAUACAUCUUUUAUCCACAUUAUUUUGUAAAAAUUAAUUAAAUAGUUAUCUAACUUUAUCCUUUGAUAUUUGACAACAAAUAGAAAGACAAUGUAGUUGCUAAAAAUACCUUUUAAAAUAUGCAGUUUGCCUAAUGUUUCCAUGACUAUUUGUGUUUUGAUGGGUUUAUUAAGCCUUUUUAAGCAAAAAUUGUGCAAUUUAUAAUGAAUGUGGUAAAAAUCUAAUGCCCAAUGCUAUAUUGGAUUCAACCCAGUUGUGCUUCAUUGAUUUUUUUUUAGUCAGUAAGUCUCUAUUUUAAUUUUUAAAAACUAGAUCUAAUAAUGCAAUUUACUUUUAAAAUAAUAUCCUUAAUGUACUGAAUUUAGUCAAUAUACAACUAUCUGCUAAAGUAUUUUUUUUUAACUUGUCCUGACAGUAUUUUUAAUAAUUUAGGAGCAAAUUAACUAAACUUUUUAUGUUAAAUUUCUUCAAAGAUUGCCUUUUCAUAAAUUUAUGAUAUUAAAAAUGUCAUGGACAUUUUGAAAUUGGUAUAAAUCAAGAUAAUAUCAAAUGAUUCUUUAAGUAAGUUAAAUAACAUAUGCAUGUUUAACCUGAAUAUAUCCAACCUAAAUGAAUUGGUUAGGCAAAUGACCAUGAUAAACUUUAUUGGUUGCUCAGUUUUGAUCAUUUUUUAUUGUUAUUGUUGAGAUGGGGAUGCAUAAUGAAGCAAUUAUUUGCAAAUCAGAAUUUGAUUCUGAGAACAUUUUAUUAUCAAUUUGUUCUUUUGUGUUUCUUUUCUUUUUUCUUUAUACAAAUGUUUUGAAUAGGUGAUGGUGUUUCCAAGAAGAGCCCUAACUCAUGUACAUCAUACAUGCCAACCUGUACAUUUUACCCAUACUUUGUACAGAUUUUAACAGUUGUUUGGAUUGAACGGGUGUACAGGAAUCUUUAUGGGUUUUCACUGGAUUUAGAAAAGAAAUGUUUUUUGCUAACUACAGUGAAGAUAUACUUUUGAAAAAUCCUAGCUGCCAAUGCUAUAAAUUCAAUGUUGGUCUACAGGAAGCUGCAUCCUCUUGGGCCCUUCAAAUGCCCUUGACCCAAAUUCAGGGAUUGGUAGGGACCCCAUCUAUAUUUAGAGACUGAGCACGGUUUGGUUGAGACCAUUCAUUAAUACUAUAGCAUUGUUCAGUAGUAGCUACUUUAAGUAGUAAACUGUCAUCAUUAUCAGUGGCGCUACAGCCCAUGUAGGAGCCUGGCCUGCUCCACUACACCCUUCCAUUCAAAACGAUCCAUGGCUUUCCGCCUCCAUGCGGGAACCCCCAACUGGUGUAAAUCCUUCUCUACAUCGUCGAUCCAUCCCAGCCUUGGGAGACCGGUGAGUCGUUUCUGCCUGUAGAUCAAUUUUGCUGCUCUUCAUUCCGCCAUCCUUUCAAUAUGUCCUGCCAAGCGCAGUGUGCCUUUUUUUUUUAUUGUUGCGACUAUGUGUAUAAUUGGUAUAGCUCUUGGUUUGCACAGAUUCUUCAGAUAUCAUUUUCCAUCACGAGGCCAUAUAUUUUUCUGAGGAUUUUCCUCUCCCAUGUAUUGAGAAAGUUCUCUGCAUUUCUGGUAAGGGUCCAAGUCACUACUGGUCUUAUGAUAGUGGUGUAUAUUGUAUUCUUUGUUCCCCUUGAGAGGUUUUUGGUUCCCAGUAGUUUUUGUAUGCUGAAAUAGGAACGGUUGCCUGCUGUUAUCCUUUCUUUCACCUCUGACAUUAUUUCAUUGUGCUCGUUUGUAGUUGCCACUAGAUAUUUGAAUGUAUCCACUCUCUAUAUUGAUGUUGUCAUCAGUGUGGGAAUUUCGUGACAUUAACAUAUAUAUUGUCUUUGGUUUAUUUAGACUGAGGCUUUAUCAAGUUCCCUGAAUGCUUUAAUUAUGUCAUUACUGUCUCUACCUAGUAGUGCUAUAUCGUCAGCAUAUGCCAGGUACUGCAAUGGUUGGCUAUAUAAGAUUCCUGAUGGUUGCUGUUGUUCUGUAAUACCUCUCUGGAAGUAGUUUGUUAUGGUUCCACUGGUGCUCGUGUGUAUGCUUUUCUAGGCUGAUGUUAAACAGGAUACAAGAUAGUGAUUCUCCUUGUCUGAGGUCCGAAUUAACUGGGAACUUCCUUGAGUAUUCUCCCUGCACCUUGAUUCUGCGUUUGGAGUAAGCCAUCGUCAUAUGUUUGAGCCGAGUAAGCUUGUUAUGGACUCCAAGUUCUUGUAGAACGUUGUAUAAAUAAUUCUUGUCUAUGCUAUCGUAUGCUGUUUUGUAAUCCAUGUAUAGUUGGUGUAUGCCAAUGUUAUAUUCGUAACAUUUCUCCAGGAGACAUCUUAUAGUAAAAAUAUGAUCUGUGGUUGACCUAUUUUGCCGGAAUCCCCAUUGGUAGUCCCCUAGGAUCUGUUCACUAUACUUUUUCAGUUUUCUUGCUAUAAGUUUUGUGAGGAUUUUGUAAAUUACAUUAAGGAGGGAAAUUCCUCUGUAGUUUGAGCAGACCAACUUGGGUCAUUUUUUGUGAAUUGAGAUUAUGAGUGCAGUGUCCCAUUCUAUUGGCAUUUCUUUCUCCUGCCAGAUUCUGGAUAUGAGGUUGUGAAAAUUUUUUGCUCACAACAGUGAGGAUACACUUUUGAAAAUCAUAGCUGCCGAUGCUAUAAAUUCAAUGUUGGUCAACAGGAAGCUGAAAUCCUCUUGGGCCAUUCAAAUGACAUUUGGCCCAAAUUCUGGGAUUGAUAGGGUAGGGACCCCAUCUAUAUUUAGAGACUGAGCACAGCUUCGUUGAGACCAUUCAUUAAUACUAAAGCAUUGUUUGGUAAUAGCUACUUUGAGUAGUUUACAAAUCGGUUUGUUUAAUUCUUGUUAUAAAUUCUUAUUAACACUUCUUUAUUUCCACAUCGCGCCUAUGGGGGAAAAAACACCUACUAUCUGCAUGACAUUUCUCCCAUUACGGUGAAAAAUAAGGCCAUAAAUUGACGUUAAACAUAAUAAUUCUGUUAUUGUCAAGGUGUAAACGUGCUAAAAUGCAUUUUCAUGAAAAUUAGCCUUAGCAAGAAGGCAAAGUUUGAAUGCAUUCAAAACAUUGAUUAUUAAAUAAUGAACAAGUUUUAAAUGAGACUUUUUUUUCUUUCAAAUUUUCUUCUUUUGUAUGGUUUUUCAUGCUGUUGUACAGUUUUAAAAAAAACUUUUGUACAGUUCUUGAUCCCAACAGGUUGACAUGUAUGAUUUACAUUUUAUGUUCAAAUGAAAUAUUAACAAUUAGAAAUGAAGGAAAAUGUGUUUUAUGAAAUGGGUUUGGAAUAGAUUUGUACCCUCUAUGAAGUUGGCAUUAUAAGUGCAUGCGUUAUUGCAAUAUUCAUCGCACCUUGAGUUUAAAAAAUAAUAAUAAAAUGGCUUUACACUGUCUAUUUUGGUAUGUAAUUAUUAUCAUUAAACUUUCACAGGGUCCUCAACACAUAACUUUUGCAGUGGUACAGAACUGGUCACUUGUUUUCAUGUGCAGAAAAGCUCUGUACUUGUUUUAACCCAAAUUCUUUAAAUUUUGAUUAAUAAAACUUAAGCAUAUCUUAAAUGUGUAUGUUUUGUGCUAUGCCAAGUAUAAAAAAUCUAACCUUUUGAAUUUGAACUUCUUGUACCACAACAUUUAAGCCAAAACUCCUAGUUGUUAAAUUGGCUCUUCACAUGCACAACUUCAAAUUUAAAAAAAAAAAGAGUCAUUUUUAACUUACGAGCCAGUGGGCCCAUUUUUAGGCGGGUAUUAAAAUUUAAAAAAUUUAUUGGAACGCUUGUCCUGUUUUCUUACCGACUCUGUCACUUGGCUCAUUUAUUGGACUAUCGUCAUUGCCUUCCUGUAUUUGGGAGUGUAAAAAAUCAUCAAUACAUUUCUUGUCAUACAUGGUUAAUUUCUCACUCAUGUGAAUCAAUCUCAGAACUCCCUUGGUAUUCUCAUGUUUUUGUUUUGUUUUGGGUUUUAAAUUAUUUAACAUUUGUUUUCUUAAAAUGUUCAUUUUUGGUGAUUGAAAAUAAAGAAAUAUAUACCUAAAUUGGCAUUUGAGCUAAUGAAUCUUAAUCCCUUUUUAAAACAUGGAUUAGGUGGAUGUGGGGGUUAAGUGAGGGAGUGAGUUUCUUUACACUUCCAGCAAUUAUAAUAAUUCUGAAAGAAAAAUGAGAAAAAAUUAGACUUUAUUACUGCAGUAUGUCUUCUUGGCAUGUCAUCUUCAAAGGGAAUUUCUUGGCAUGCCAUCUUCAAGGGGAAUAUUGUUUAUGCUCUGAUUUUGUCCUAUUUUGCUAGAUGUGACAAUUUUCCCUGGGCUUUCUUUUUACUAUAAAACCUUGCACUUGCAGACAUUUCAGUCUUAUAUAGACCUCAGUGAUGAUGAAUUUGAUGAAGAGCAAGAUGUGAGUACACUGUGUAGACUAAUAUGGAAUCGUACUGCCAUUUUGCUUUUAUAAUUGCUUUGGUAUUUGUGUGAUUUUUGCUUAACACCCCGGUUAUUGCCAUUAAAUUGCUUGGUUUGGAUUUAGAAUACUGAUAUAUUGGAUACACCCUGUAGCUCUUUUGUGCUAUUUACUUAAUAAAGUUUUAUAUACUAUAGUAGUUAUAUCUAAAUUUCAUAAACUCUAAAUUUACGACAUGUUCAAUAUUAAGAUGGCUUUGUGUGUAACAGUGAUCUUUACUAAUUUCCAGUUAGAAAUAGAUACUAUCAAAAUAUGAAUUGUGGGUGAACGUUUGUGUCUUCUUUAGGUCUACUUUUAGUUUUAUUCAUUUUAAAGUAAUCAACAAAUGUUUGUUUCAGUAACUAAAAAUCUUUUUAAAAUAUUAAAUUUAUCAAGGUUUUUUUUUUUUUUUUUUGGCUCUGUAGAAAAGGUUUGGUGCAUCCCAGCUGAUAAGAUAAAAAGUACUUUAUUACUAUUUCACCCUAAGUCAAGAGUCAAAGUUAUUGUUAACUCAACUCAAGCCAUAUAUUUAUUUGAACACUAAGUAUUGAAACAAAUAACUUAAUCUCCAUUCCUUAAGUGUUUGAAAAUCCACCUCUCUUCUGAUGAGUCAUAUAGUGUUGACUUAUAGACUUAUUAUGAAUCAAUAUUAUAGUCCAUAGAACGUACUAUUGCUAUCAAGGAAGAUGUCUGUGUAAAUAGUAUCAACAAAGAAAUCAAUCACAAACAUUGCAUUAGGUUUUACCUAUUUUUGGUUGUGGGUAAUAAAUGUAUAUAAAUAUUGAUAAUAAGAAGAAUAUCCUUUAACAUUUGAUUUUUACUAAUAACUUAUCAGUUGUUAAUUCAGCAUUAGACUGGUUGUACACCAUUUUAUUAAUUUACCAGCAGUUUAUAUCAUCUUUUGUUCAAAAGCUUUCACAUAAAAAAUUUUGAUUUUUUUUUCUCUACUUCUGUUCCAAUCUAAAAGCUAGAUUCACAUAAAUUUUUUUAAAUAUAAAAUGCAGGAAAUAGUGAAUAGUGAAUCUUCAAUUAGUUUUUCCUUUUUUAAACAUCAUGCAAAACAAUAACUUUUUACCCUCAUUUCUUUUUUUUUCUUUUUUAUAAAAAUUUGUUCUUGAUUCACAUCUCAAACUUUCUGUCACUAUCUAUAAUUUAAACGACUUCCAAACAUCUUUUGCAUAAAUGCUUGCACAUUCAGUUUUUUUAUUUUAUUUAGGAUUGUGAGACAUGACUGCUUGUACUCUUACGGUGGUUUCAAGACUAAAUGUUUUUGUAAAAACUGAAUUUUAAACAAAAUUGUUGACAGUGGAUGAAUUAGAAUGUUUGAUGAAGCCACAUAAACUAAUACAAAAAUAAAUGGGGAAUAUUAAAAAUAUUGAUAAACUACCAACACUUUGCCAUGCAUGGACUUACGUAAAUUAAUUGCAUGCUGAUUUAUUGUAUGUCAUUAUUAACCAUGAUGCUUUAAGUAAUGAAUUCUCUAAGUUAAGAUAUCAUUGCUUGCAUUUUCUUGCAUGUUUUUUUUUUAAAUUUGUUAUUGCAGUAUUGUGCAAAAUGGUGACACUAAUUUUUAAAAUGUUUAAAUGAUAGAUCUGCUUUAAUAAGAAUUGUUAGAACACUAAUGCCGUCACAUUUUCUAUUUCAUCAUAAUAUCUACUUCAGUGCAAGGAACAUGUUUGAGUUAAUUAUAGGAAGCUUAGUAGUUGAUGAGCUAAAACACUUUUGAACCAUUGCAUCACCCAUACGAAGAAAUAGUUGUUAUUGAAGUGAAAUUGUUCGAUGGGGAGAGAACUCUUUAAAUUUAAUCAAAUGUCUCAUUAUUGUCACAUUGAUUGAAAUCUUGUGUUGGAGUAGUGGCAUGGGUGUAAGGUGUGAUGGAGUGGAGAUGUCUAUAUGCUUAAUUUGUUAUCAUGGGGGUUUGGGGGGGGGGGUGUUUAAUGUGUGUGCGUGUGAUAUUUUGAUCUCUAGAGACACUGUUAUAAACAUAAGGUUGUCCUACAAAAGUCAGCAUUAGUUUUUAUUUCUCUCUUAUGCGCUGUAUUUUAGUCUUUCAUUUGGAAACAUUAACUAAUGUUUGCAAAUAUUGUCUUAUUGAACUCGUGCUAACAAAAGAAUGAGUGAAACAAGUUUUGAAGUUAUAUAUGUUUCAAAAAUAUUUUUUUAAAUUUUUUUACAGGAAGAAGUUGAAAAGGUAGCAUCAGCAUUUUUUGACAAUCUCCAUGAGCCAAGAAAAUUACAGGGUUAGCUUUGUUUCUUUAUUUUCCAGAAUCGUCUCUAUUAGCAACGUUUAGUACUUUGAGACUCAUUCCAUUUUACUUUUACAAGGUAUUUACAUGCCGGUUACUACUGAGUGUUAGUUUGUUUUAUAAGAGAUACAUUUGAAGCAAAUUUCAUAUUUUAUAACAAUGAAGACAUUUCUUACCACAUACUAUUUCUUUAUUUUAACACCAGGAGAACGAGUUAUAGCAGGAGCAGACAGUGUGCUGAUGUUUGCUCCAUUUUCCAAUAGAAAGCAAGGCAUCUCUGGACAUGUGUUUGUUACAAACUUUAAAAUAGCAUUCGUUACAGCUGACAAGUCAUCUUACCCUGAUGGUGAUGUAAGUAUGGUGUGUCUUUGCAAUAAGACUUAAGUUGUUUUUUUUCAGCAUCCUUAGGUAGAGAUUGGGUGGGUUUUUAGUACUAACCAGGAAUGUUCCCUCCAAGGUUUGCUAGUUCGUGUGCAAAAUCAUUCAGUUGUGUGCAAAAUUUUACAGCCCACAAACACACACUUACAUGGAAAUAUGCUGCGCGGAUACUCAAAACUGCUGCGCGGAUACUCAAAACUGCUGCGCGGCGUCUGUGAGUGAGCUGGGCAGCCGCGCAGCUUAAAGGGAACAUUGCUAACCAGUAAUAUAUAAAAAAUACUUGCUGAAGAACAUUUAAUGCUAAAAUUAAGUACUGUUGUUUUAUUUUUAGAAUAAUAGGUCAUCUCAGAGAAAUAAACUUCUUGAAAAUACUGACAUUCCUUUGACAUGUGUGGAUACUAUUUAUCAAGGUUGGUACCUGCCAUUAUCUAAUUAUCAGUAUUAAGAAAUAGCUGGCAUUUACAAAAAUAUUUUUUUCAUUAUUAUUUUAUAUUUUUGUUUUUGUUAAAUUUGUUUUGUAUUCUUAAGGAACUAUAUAAACUUGAUUUAGAUUUUGUUAUCUGUACCAUCUCGCUUGCUGAAUUUAUUCAAAUUCCUUAUGGAAAUACAUUUGUGAAAGUAUCUAAUAAAUGCAUUCUUAUUUAUCAUUUGAAUUUAAAUAUAACUUAAUGUAAAGUAUUAAUAGAAAUUAAAUUAUAUCUAUUUUGAAGUUUUAAAUAGUUAAUUUUUUUAUAAAAAUCAAAGGUUUUGCCAACUUUUAAAAAUUAUGGAAUCCUGAUUUGUGCAUUACAAUCAUAUCGUUAAUGCAGUUGUUGCUGUAGUCCAAAGGGCACUUUGAAAAUUAUGGGAAAUUCAAUUUGAUUAUAUGCUAUUUGACAGAAUUCUACUCAUUAAAGGAAUUGAAGAAUGAAAUACUAAAAAAAAUGUAAAAGUAACUGUAAUUAGCUUUAAUGCACUUAGAUUUACAAAGAAAUAUAAAAUAAAUUUAAUUUAAAAAUUUCAAAAUAAUUGAAUAACUCAUAAAAAUGCAUUAGGAUAUAUUUUUGAGAAUUAAAAUAUUUUACACCUGUCAGAGCAGUACAGUUAAAUUGAAUUAAAAUUGUAAAAAUAACAAAAAAUUAAAAUUAAUAAUAUUUACUUGACCAUGUUCCCCCAACAGUUAGUUCCGGAGAAAGACGUAGAAAAGUAAUUCCAGGAAACACUGUCACUACUCCUACAAAAUAUUUAGAGAUACAUUGCAAGGUAAAAUAGUUACAAUAUGAAAUUGCUAGACCACAGGUGCGCAACCUUUUCCAAGUCAUGAUCCAUCUUAUGGAAGGAAAUGCCCUGAUAGAUUAAAAAAAGCCUUGGUAAAAGAGAAAUCACAGAAAAUAUUUCAGUACAACUAUAUAGCAAUUUAAAUUAUUACAUUUAAAGUAAUGAUAUAAAUUAUAUAAUUACAAAAUAACUACAAUCUACAUUUAAUGUGAUGAAAAAUAUUGUAUAACUCAUUUGGAAGCUUCAAAAUUAGAGUUUUUGUUUAUCCAAACCUCAUGUCAUUCUCAACUCUUCAUCCUUUUCUUAUUUUACAAAUGUACGCUCACAGAGAUGUGUAGAAGCAAAUUGUAUUACAAAUUGAAACUCAUGAAUGGUUACAUUUGGAUAAUACUAAUGCAUAACACACCAGAAUUGAUGCGAUGAUAUUGAUUUUUAUCUCCCAAAAACUGCCUAUAUAUACACUCUGGUUUACCUGUGCGUCACUUGGAAACACACAUUAUAAAACUUAACUCCUCAUAUUUGUAUGGGUUAUAGUCGAUAUUGAAAAAUAUAUUACUCAACAUUUAAGACAUUGAUUUAAAAUGAAAAUUGCUUUGAAAUCAUUAUUUUUUUAGAUCUGUUUCAGCCAGCUACCCCAAAGAAAACCCAUUUAGGGUUUAUGUCAAGCAUAAAUUAAGACCAAAACUCAAAUGGCCAAGAUACUUCUAUUUCUUUGAGCUGCAGCUGUAUUGUGAUUUCCUUUUAACCUCUAAAUCACAUCAGGCUAUCUAAGAUUGGUUGGGACAAUCCUAGCCUGUAUCAGAAUUCCUGUAUGCUAACUGGGAUUUUUAUGGGACACAUCUUUUUUCCCUACUCUUUUAAUUUUUAAAGGAUAACCUAUCAAUUAUAAGAAUAAUAAAAUUAAUCUGUGAGAUUUAUUUAAGAAUAAAACACAUGAAAACAGUGUAUAUAUAAACACAUAUGCACAAAAAAUGUAUUGUUAGAGAACCAUGGAAUAACAUCAUUUAAACUACCAUAGCAAUAAUGCACACAAAAAAAGCCCAUAACGCCCAGACCACAAAUAAUAAUAAUUACCUGUAGCUUAGCACAAAUAGGUGCUAACAGCAUUGGUUCAGCUUUUGAAAUGAAAUUUUCUUGUUUUAUUUCUUAAAGGAAAAAAGUUAUUUAAGCAAACCUCUUAUAAUUAUAACUUAUAAAAAAGAAUCCUUUUGAAAUUUUUUACGAUCAGUUAAAAAUAAUACUGGUUAUAUUUGAAAUUUAAGUUUAAUGUAUUGUCUUUUCUUGGACAGGAUUAUCAGAUACACAUAUUUGGAUUUAAGUUUACACCAAAAGACCAAGUUAAACAGGUUGGUCUUUUACAAAGCAAUUUGAUACUUAAAGAAGUGUUUUUUAAAAGCUGUAAUCUUGAAAAUAUUAUUUUAAAAAUUAAGUUUUCUGCACACAUCAUCCAGAAGGACAGCUUGCAGAAAAGUAGGAAAGCAUUCAUUUAUUAUUGGCUUAAAAGUGGGGUACCGGUACACAAACAGGUCAGUUUAGAGUCAGGUUUCUUGAGUUAGAGGAUUGUUUUUAGAAAACAAUGCUAAACCCAAUGAGGAAAGUGUGUUCAAAAUCAAAGAAAAUUGUUCUCUUUGUUGAAAUCCUUUAGUCUGAUCUAAAGUUAAUAAAUUCAAUAUAAAUCCAUUAAAAAAUCCACUGGCUUAUUCCACCCACCUUCUCCACCUUAAAUGUAUUGCAUUGAGAAUAAAAUGAUGUAACUGACAUGCUCCUCAAUGGCACACCAUAUGGCAGCAUCACUGGUCAGGUCCACUUUGCAGAGGAGAGUCCCCAUUUUAAUGUAGCCCAGAUGUUCAUUUUCCUCUCUGUGCAUAAGUCUUAAAUGUUUUGGAAUAAGAGGGGCAUUUGCUUCAGUUUCUUUAUAUGGCUAUUGAAAUAAGGGCCUACUCUUACUAUCAUUAUAACAAAUUGCCCUAAAUUUUUAAUUGCAUAGGAAUUUAAAACAAAAUACUCAAUGAUGAACGGCUAAUUAAUCAGCAUCUACCUGAGCUAGAGAGUUUGAUAAAUCAGUAAACUGCCACUUUAGUUAUUGGUGUAGCCCCAGUCUGGAGAACUUAAAAAGGUUUAAAUGAUGACCCUGCCUUUGUCAAAUAAAUUAUUUUCUACUGUAUUACAUGCUAAUAACUGGAUAUUUUAUAAGAUCCUACUGUGGCAACUUUUCAAGCUGUAAUAUUAAAUGUCCAAAAUAAAAAUGAAGCAUAAUCUUUUCUCCACCCUAGGCCUAGAGUUUGUGAAUGACAUUAUUCUGCAUGCUAAGGUUCUUUCCUUUCGCUUUUUUUUUUUUUUUUAACACAUCUCUUUUUGUCAGCAGAAGAAUGUUUUUAGCACCAACGAGUUUGUUAUUUUGCUUUAUCUCAAUUUCUGAGAUCUGCUUUACCGUGUGGGUGAACAUAUCCUUGAUAUUUAUUCAGCAGCUAAAAUGUGCUAAUUGAUUUACACCUAUUACAUUUUAGGUCACUGAUGCCAUAGCACACUUUUCAUACCCAUCAAAAGAUGAUUUACUGUUUGCAUAUGAAUUUGGCCACAGCAGCCAGUUUGAAGGUACAGUCAUUGUUUUUUUUUUCAAUUUUAAUUCAUCAAUGACUUUCUUUUAAUUGUUUUUAUUUUUUUAACAACAAAUGAUUCAUCAUCUAAACUGAGACAGCAUUGUAAUAUAGUUCAUAUUUUCACAUGAGUAAGCCACUUACCAACUUACUCACUAUCAGAGUCAAAUUCUGAGGCACAACAAUUUCUUCAGCUUAUGCCUAUAGUCAGAAUAAAAAGAAUCAUUACCUUUUUCAUUACAAUCAAAGAUCUCCAAGUAUCUGUGUGUUUUCCAGCCCUCUUUCCUACAUGCAGGAAUUGAGUGGUCAUCAAUUGCUAUAAUUAGCAUCACUGUUUAUGCUCAGUAAAAUAAAAAUUGAAAGAACAAAGUACAACUAUUUUUAAAUCAUAAAACUGAAGUUUUUACUUUAUCCAUUAUAUUUGAAAAAUGUAUUCCCUACCUUCAGAUUAUCAGUCCCCACAAUACUUGGUGAGAGAAGAUUGGGAGAAAGAGCUUGAGCGACUCCAAUGUACAACUAUGUGGAGAGUUUCGGAUGCCAAUUACAAUUUUCAAAUAAGCACAAGGUAAUCUUAUUUUUUAGAGAGUAAACUAUUAUUAUAAAUUGAUACCUUUAGAAGAUGCUGGAUUGUGCAGCUCCAAAAGUGAUCUACUGGCAGUAAACUAUGGGGUAGAUGGCUCACCAGUUGACCAAGACUGAGAUGUAUUGGCAAUGUAAGGACUUGCAUCAGCUGGAGGUGGAAUGCAAUGGAUCGAUGUUGUUGAGCAGGCCAGGGCCCUUCAUGGGCUGUAGCGCCACUGAUAAGAUUAUAAAAUUUUGAUUUUGUAUCCUUGCCAACCUAAGAUUUCAAUAUGAAAUCUUUGCUCUAAUUAAUUUUUACCCUAUAUAUAAGCUGAUUAACAAACAGCUCACUCAAAACAAUAGUUAAAAAUACAGUGGAACCUCUCAUAACGAGCAUAAUUCGUUCCAGAAUCUUACUCGUUAAGCGAAACACUCGUUAAACGAAACAAUUUUUCCCAUACAAAUCAAUGUAAAAUACGAUGAGGCGUUCCAUGCUGAAAAAUACUCAUUUUUCAAACAUUUUUAUUAACAUUAAUUAUGAAUUGUUAAGGAACGUAACAACUUGGAAUACAAUUUAGAUUUGAAACAAAAAAGUAAAUAAAAAUAUGAAUUUAUGACAAAUAAUUAAUCCUUUUUAACUAGAAAACUGUCUAAAGACAUUUGUUUUUGCAGACGCUUCAAAAUUUGAUGAAAAUGUGUCACAGCAUUAUCAUUGAAUAAAUUUGUAGCAUGAAUAGCCACCUCCUUAUUAGGGUGAUGCUACUCAAUGUACGAUGCAACAGUUUCCAAUGCUCUCAGUAUUUCUCUUAUUGCACUAGAAGAUUGUUGCUCUGCUACUUCCUCCUCCAUUAAUGAGCUCUCCUCCAUAAUUUCUUGCUGUGAAACACAAUGCAACUCCAUAAUGUCGGGAAAAGGGGACUUCCCCUUUCUGCGUAACUCGUUAUGCGAAAUGUCACUCGUUAAGGGAGCAACUUCUUCACAUUUUUUUGCUCGUUAUGCGAAUUACUCGUUAUGAGAGGUGCUCAUUAUGAGAGGUUCCACUGUAUAUCUUUUAAAAAAUGGGAUUUAUUCUGCUUUGCCUUAUUUUUCUCUUUAUAGUACAUAUACUGUUUACUUACAAGUUUUUCGUGUAUCUCUGUUCUGAGCUUUCCUUUAUAGGUCAUUCCACUUCUGCCUUGCUAUUUUUCUAACUCUAACCAGUUCCCUCCACCAUGUGGUGGGAUUGGCAAUGCAUUGAUUUUUCUCAAUUUAAAUUUUAGCUGUUCUGGUUCUUGUAAUAUCAGACCUGUUUACUUGUAUGAUUUUGGUGUACAAUGUACGAUUUUGAGAUUUCUUUUAGGAUUGUACGCCAAGACCCAUCAGAACUACGAUUUAAAGAGACAGGGUUGAAAAUAUACACAUUCCGAUAGUUUUUCCAAUUUAAAAAAAAUAAUACUAAUGAUUCAAAAGUUAAUUUUCUGUUGUUAGUUUUAAUUUGCAAUUGCAUUCCACAUCCAUCAGAAUCAUUACCUUUAGAAAAUAUGAUUGGUUGGGGACCAUGUGUAAUACAUUACUUGUGAGCUGAGAGGGGAAUGGAGUGGUGUUGAUUUUAGGAGAUUUUGGUGGGAGAGGGUGGCCCAAAUAUUUAAUUCUAUACAAAUUAACAGCGUCACAUUUUUGUAAUGAUUGGGGAGGGGGGGGGGGGGUGUCUCGGUAGAAUGUAUGUACAUUAUUAAAAAAUUCUACAAUAUUCAGAAACUCUGAAAGUAAAAAAAAUAGCAUAUUUAAAUCUCAAAUCCUGUAAAAAUAAGCGUCACAUUUUUGUAAUGAUUGGGGAGGGGGGGGGGGUGUGUCUCGGUAGAAAGUAUGUACAUUAUUAAAAAAUUCUACAAUAUUCAGAAACUCUGAAAGUAAAAAAAAUAGCAUAUUUAAAUCUCAAAUGCUGUAAAAAUAUCACACAAUGAUUUUUACGAAUUAUUUUCAAAGGGUUGCAAUGUAUUUUCACAAAUGAACUCGCUAGAUAUCCUCAGAUAGUACUAAGUAGUUGAGGUAUUACAGUAAUAUUUAGUCCACCUUAUGUUCAACAUGCAUGUGACUGAGGUACGGUUUGUUGGGCUAUGCCAGUGGCUCUAAAAAUUUUGUUCCUGGCGCCUAUGCCAAAGUCAGGUUUUCACCAGGCUCUGUGUGUUAAAUUCUAACAAGUACACUUCAAAAUGGUGAAUUCAUAAACAAAAUAAAAUAAAGCGUUGGGUAAAAAUAAAUGUAACACAUAUAACCACUAUCUAUUAUUAACUGCAAACAAAGGUUACUCAAGUGGGUUACUGUUUGCACCACUAACGAAAGAUGUCACAUUGGAUUAAAAAUGGAAAUAAAAUUAUGAAAAUUUUGUAAUAUUUCACAAUGCCCCUUAGAGGAAGCCGCAGCAACACAUAUAGAAAAAUAUGCACACACUCCCAAUGCUGACCAGUAAAAAUAAUAUUUUUAGCACCUCUUAAUUGUCUUUGUUAAGUAAAUGUGUUUUUAUAGUUCAAUUCACUAUUAAGGUCCUUUCUAAAGACAAUUUUGGCGCCUGUUGCUCUUGGCCCUGCACGAGGGCAACGAGCCCCCUGGGCGAUGUGGCUUAAACCACUCGUUGCGCCGAACAGGUAGCAGUGAAAACACAUGUCACAUUUUGAAUAAUAGUAUAACUUCAUAAUUAUAUAAAGAUUAUUAGAUGCUUUUUUUUUUUUAAAUUUUGGGGGGGGGGGUCCCCUAAAAAAGUUUGUGUGCAACAGGAGUAAGGGAUUAGAAAAUUUGAAUUUUUACUAUAUAGAUGGCCCCCUCCUCGCUUUUCUUGGCUUGACAUAAUUAUUUAUUACAGCUUAACCACUGCGAGAAAACUAGAGAAUGCAUUCUCAACAGGUCCGCAAAGCAUUAUUAGAUUUUGACAUUUUUUAGGACUAAGGCGGCCAUUUAAAUCAAAGAUUAGAACGGGCAAAAAAGCUUUAAGAUUUUUAAUAUCCCUUCCACCAUUUACAGCUUUUUGAUCUGACUUUGAGUUUGAACCUUUUUUAAAUUUCACCAGUAACUUCAUUUUUACAGUAACAGACUGGGACAAUGUGAUCUUCACAUACACCUAAUUUAUUAAUUGAUAUCUAUAGCAGAUACACGUAUGCAAAACAAAGUGACCGCAGGUUGCAAAAUAAACGUCAGUCAUCUACUUUUUACAUUCAGUUCCCUUUUUUCAUGCAAGCUUAACUCAGUCCUGUUAGACGCUCGAUGCGAGUAGUUAUACAUUAUAUAUACUGUAUGUUUAUUUAUUAUUUACAAUUAGAAUACUGCAUUUUACGAUUUUAUUACAAUAUUGGACAAUUUUAGGAGUUUGAGGGUAAACAAGUUUGUAAUAUAAAGUUUGAUCUCUUUUUUUUCAGUUUGCCAGAGUAUUUCAUCACACCUAUUAACUUAUUGAACACUGACAUUGUAAAGGCAGUAGCUCAGUAUGUCGACAAAAGAAUUCCAGUAAGUACCUGGUGCCAAGCAGUGGUGAUUACCUUCACUUUUAAAAUGUCUACAAUUAUUUCUUACUUUUAAAAAUAAACAUUUUGAAAUGAUUUUAUAUGUUUAAACAUCAUGUUCUCUUAAAAACCAUUUCACUGUUUUCUAACCAUAUUUCAGACCUGGUCAUACACAUAUGUUAAUGGUGCUAGUCUUAUUAGAACAUCAUUCAUGCAGCCAGAAUCGGAUUUUAAAGCUUUGGAAGAAAAGUAAAGUUUUUCUUGUACCGUUAUUGUUAACCAGCAAAAAGUUAAAAUAUUACAUUAUUAGUUAAAAAUUAAAUUUUUAUUUUGUGAACUUUUUUUUUUUUUAAAGCUUAUUUAUCUUUUUAUUUUUCAUAUAGGAUUACGAAUUUAUUAUUAUUUUUUGGUUACCUAUACAAAGCACAUUUUAUUUGAAAAUCAUUAGGCAUUUGUACAAAACCACAAAUGUCUGUUUAUAGUGUCUAAAUUUUGGUCAAAGUUUAAACAUUUUAAAAUAUAGGCCCUACCUCUUAUUUAAAAAGAUGCACAUAAUGUAUGCACGCUUAAAACGGGCUUAAAACACGUAGCCUAACCACAAAAGUUGUGACAUAUGUAGUAAUCAAUUUUAUUUGAAAGUUUAACUUAGAUGUAUUCUUUGUAUUAUUUCUAAGGAUGUAUAAUGCCAUCAAACAGUCUAGUGGUAAUGACAAAGAUCUAUUCAUAUUAGACCUUGGACGAAUCUGCCCAUCUCUUUUAGACAUCAGGACAAGUCAUGAAAAACUUAAAAAUAUCAUAAUGACAGGUUAGGAUUCAUCAAUCCAAGUUUUUUUUUAAAUCUCCUCCCGUCUAUCAGGCUGCUCAGCGUCCCUUUUAAGUUUCUUCUGUUUGCAUAAAUAAUGUUAAGUAGAAUGACAUCAAACUGAGAAUGACGUAAAAAUGGAAUUUAAAAAAAGAACUUGAUGUAAAACUUUUCAGAGAAGCACAAAAUAUGCUCACUGUAUUACUAAUCAUCAGUUGUUCAGUUUCUAAACAUUUCAAUAUUGGAAUAUUAGAAUAACCAUAAUGGAAUAUUAGACAUUGCAGUUACUGGUAUUUCUUUGCAAGUAAUACAAUUUAUAUGGAAAAUAAAUUAAUAAAAAGAUUGUGUACAUUAACUCCAUAUGGCAUAACUAAACUCACAAUUUUACACACGGUAGCUGCAAUGUUUUUUUUCCUGUUUGGUUUUUUACAUUCUACUUCCAUCCACUUUCUAUCCAUCAUUAGGCACUUUCGCCCAUUCUUAUUCUUUUCUUUUUUCCAGGUAGGAUACAUAUAUAUAUAUUAUAUUAUAUUAUUAUUAAUAUAUAUUUCUUUGAAUGUUUUUUGUUGUACUGAUAAAGCCAUUUGCCAAAAAGUUUACAUUUGUAUUCUGUAUAAACCAUAAUUAAAGCUUUACAUAUCUUGUUUUAUUUGCACAAAUUUUUUGUGUCUCAUUAAUCCAAAAAUCAACUGUAAUUUUUUCAACAGAUUCUGCCAAAGAUUUCUACAGCUCAGAUUCAAGGUGGUUCUCUAAUCUGGAAAAUAGCCAAUGGUUACAACAUGUGUCAAGCUGCCUCAAUGCUGCAAACCAUGUUGUCAAUCAAAUUAUAAGAGAAUCUUUAACUGUAGUUCUAAAAGGUAAAUGCCCAACUUUUGUUGCUUGUAGUUAAAUAGCAAAUAUCAAAGCAAAUUUUAUUGAGUUCAGCUAAGAUCAAGCAUAAGUUUCUCAUUUGUUAUCUUGCAUAAGUCAGUCUGUUGUUCACAUCUCACACAAAUUACUACCGUAAUUAGUUUAUUUUUUUGUAUAAUCUCACACGUCAGUUUAUUUUUUUUAUAAUCUCACACCAAUCUGUUCAUUGAUAAUGCUUGCAGAAGAAAGUGGUUGUGAUAUGACGUGCCUUGUGUCGUGUCUGGUACAGCUGCAGUUAGAUCCUGAGUACAGAACGAUUAGUGGUUUUCAGAGCUUGGUUCAGAGAGAAUGGAUAAUCAUGGGGCAUCCCUUCCAAAAACGCCUGCAUCUAAUUUGGACCCCAGACUCAAAUGCUGAACUGGAGCAGGUAUUUUUAAAAUCAAUUUUUUAGUACAUCAUCGAGCCUCCCAUUUUUAAUUUAAUGAAGCCAUUUAAGAGAUUUAAACACUUUCAAUCUGUGACAGCCCUAUCCCACCACCAGACAUGCUAUGUACACAUUGCUACAAAAGAAAAAAACGAACUCUCCCCAUUGUAAUAAAAUUUGAAUCCAGAGAUGCAAGACCAGGGAAAGCUACUGCCAAAUAUUUGGUUUAUAUCAAUUUGGGAAGGAGAUUUCAUUUAUAUUAACAGUGGUUUUAUUUCCCAAUGAUGACUAAAAACACCCAUUACCACAGUUGAGCACUUUGACAAAGUUUAACAAUUAGCACCAUGAAAGCAUUGUAAAUAAUGCAACAAAAAGCUGCUAUUUUGUCAAAUCCAGUUCACUUUAUUACUUGUAAUUAUAUCACAGAAUAGAUUUGUUCUGAAACAGUAUUUCCCACUGGCCUGGAUUUCACUAGGAAAAAUUUCUGAGUGUCGUUUCCUCUUAUCCUCCUCCUGGGUUAAUUAAGCCAUUGAAUACAUUUAAACAAUUUAAAUUAUUCCUUUUCUUUCUCACAGGCACCUUUGUUUUUACUAUUCCUGGAUUGUGUUUGGCAGUUGCUUCAACAAUUUCCCUCAUCAUUUGCCUUCACUGAAACAUAUCUGACAUCUCUUUGGGACACCUUACACAUUGGUUUGUUUGACACUUUUCUGUUUAACAGUUGUUGGCAGAGGAAAAAAUUUUUGAGUGAGGGUCGCAAAAUGACCAUUUUCCUACCCAGUGCUUGGGAUUGGAAGUUUCAGCUUGGAGAAGAGCAAUUGUUGUUAUUUAAUAACCCCCUCUACAUGUUGCGGACAGCUUAUGACCUCGACCAUGUUGUGGACAGUGCAAAGAAUGCCUUGCGUCUUUCAGGGGAGAGGCUAAGAGAGAAUCGUUAUUCCUUACUCUUGGGUAACCCUCCUCCUACUGCUGAUGUAUUUGCUCUUCAAGAGGUUAUUUUAAAACCAGAAGUCACUGCCAGCCUGAUUAAGCUUUGGUCUCAGUGCUUUCUUCGAUGGACAAUCCCUGCACAAAUAGUUGGUGGGGGUAACCCUUCUCAAUAUAUGCAACAGUGUGUCCUAGCAGAGGAGGUAGUGUGCCUGCAGCAUAAACUUCAACUGCUUACCUAUCAGCUCCAAGAGAUGCAGUGCAACUCUGACUCUGAAGAUGGAAAUCACCUGCAACAACCCAAAUUUAGGAUCAAGAAUCCACGCCCACAAAGUGGUCUGCUCUUUGGGUCAUCAAGUUAUCAAACCACAAGCAAACAUUUGUCCACUGUGUACAUUACCUCUUCUUUCCCUUUCAGCCCUGGUGUAUCACAACACACUCAGCACUCCCUCAUCUGUGGACCAUUGUCUAGGUACCUGAAGGACACUGAAAUAGAUCAUGACUAUGCUCACGAUGAUGAUGAUUAACCUUGUAUUUUAAGGUGCCUGCUUAUAAUUAUAAACCCUUGAGAACAUUUAAUCAAUCCUGCAAUGAAUAAGUAAAGGGAUUUGCAAUUGUAUCAAUAUUCUAUUGAAAAGCUCUAAAUUUACAGUUAACAUAAUGAAAGUAUUGGUUCAAGCUAUUUGUAUGCACCAAUUUAUAACUUAAAUCUAUUAGAUUCAUGCCAUGAUUAAUUUUUGUGCCACUUUUAAACAAGUUAUAAUUUGCAAUGUUUAAAACAUAGUAAAUUUUAGUUUUAAUUACACAGCAGGAACUUACAGUAAAAAAUAUGAUUAAUUUUCAUCCUCAUCUAUUGUUUGAUUCCUUUCAGUAAUUUUACAUCCUAAUUAUUGAUGUUAAAGUUUCAUAUUUAUUUUAGCUGCCUUCUCUUUUCUAUAAACCAAUUAUUUUUAAUUUACUUGAUUUACACAUCAGCUCCUGGUCAUACAAAAGCUUUUGAAAUUGUUCUUAUUGUAGGCAUGCAUAGAUAAAAAAUAUUUAUCUCUAUUUUUAGGUGUUCCAUUUUUUAAUAGGAUUUUAAAAUUUCUGAUAAUUGGUUUUGAAUAUAACAUUAGUAACCACAAAUGGGAUAUUGUUGGGUUUUUUUUUGGGUGCAAUAAGAUAAUAAAAUUUAGCUAUUUUUGUAUUGAUUUUUUUUUUAGUAUAAAUUAUACACAGUGUAAAUUAAAAACACCUUUCACCUGUAAUAAAGAACUUCAAACAUUUAGUUUUUAAAACUGACAAUUUUUGUUUGCAUUAAUUUUAACUAAGGGUUGAGUUGCAUAGAUAACCAAACUAAAAUUGCAUUUACCUUUAAAAGCUUAUUCUCAGACUUAAAAUUUAAGUUAAAUUUGUUUAUUUGAGACUUUUACUGAUGGAUAGCAGUUGUUGUGUUUGUUUGGAAGCAAUAAUUCAGAUUCUAUUAUAUAUUGCUCUAUUUCUCCUUCUGCCAUUCACUUUGUUAUGUCUGAUAUGUAUUUAUUUACAUUAUAAACAACUAAGUCAGUAUUUUUAUUCAUGUUCAAAUUAUCUUUAACACAUAGUAAUGCCUUGUGAUCAAUGUACUAUCAAAAUGAAAACAAAGGUUGAUUCAGGACAUUACUGUGCCUCUUGAAAUAGUUUAGUAUUAUUCUUGAAAUAAUCUAGUAUUAUUUCAAAUACUAAUUAUGGAAAUUUUGUGCGACAAUGGAUACAAGUUUCAAAUUGUAAUCUUGAAAUAAAAUUUUAUAUUUCAUUUACCGAUAAAGAAAUGGAUAUGUGAACUUUAAUUUCACAGAAGAAAUAUCCAACUAAAUAAGUCUUAUUUGUGUCAACAUAGUAUUAAUUGCGAAUGUAAAUGUUCCCAGAGCAACUAAAUUAGGUGUCAUUCUCUUUAAAUACCUGGUAGUAUGAAUUGUCCAUGGAAAAAAAUAUUACUGUUGUAACAUGAUUAUUAAAAGUGAAACGUAAAUUUUUUAAUUGCGAUUCAGGGUUUGUUGCCCCACAUACUUUAGUGGGAUUUAAUUAAUUCCGUAGAAAGAUAAUUACUGUUGCAGCAACUGUUUUGUUUUUAAAUUCGAGUAUCAUUUUAAACAAAUAAUUAUAGACAUCUCGAUAUUUUAGCAAUUAUAAAGUUCUUAAUGUGAUAUUUGUUUAACGGUGAUGUGAGUUGAGGCAAUACUUGUCGUAUAUGAUUAAUGAAAAUGAUACACAUGUACAGUGUUAUAUGUACAGACAAGGAGAAUUAUUGUAUUUCUUUCCCUUACUUUUCAUGUAAAUAUUGAAUGCUCACCUCAUAUAUAAAAACCACUAU